ACCGCCGCCGGCCCCGUGUCCUCCAGCGAGGUUGUCCCCGCGGGCUGGAACCUCUGCACCAUCGUCGGGGUGCUGCUGGGCUACCCGGCGGCGUACGCCUUCUCCAUGGAGGAGGGCGCCGAGAACUGCCUGGCGCUGACGCCGCUGAGGGUGUUCACGGUCUGGGCCUCCUGCCCCUGGAUAAAGGACGGUUUCAGGGUCCAGAUCUACUCCUUCAGCAUCCCGGAGAGCCUCUGCGCGGAGCUGAUGGAUGUGCUGGACGCCUGGCGCGAUGAGCUGAAGGAGGCCUUCAGGGUGCAGAAUGACUUUGUCGAUCUCCGCAUUUUGAGCGAGGUGGUGUCUCUUCCAGCGGUUGCCUUGUAAAGCACAAACUCAAGACUUUUCGGCUUUUACCUCCCUUGUAUCAGGGACUGAGGCGAGAGGUGCGGUUCCUGUAUGUGGCAGCCCCCCAAGGCUCUCAAGAGGCCCAAGAGCACCAAAGGCUGAGUUUUGACGAUCGCAGGCCCCCAACAUCGUAGGCCGGUUGCGGAUCAAAUACGUGUAGGUCCCAGAAGACCAGCACGUGGAUGUACGUGCUCACAGCUGCUCUGCAGCCGCCAUCCGGACUGUGCCCUGUAAAGUCAGGGUAUAUUUAUUUGCUGCAAA